AUCAUAAACUUCAAUAAUGUGCAGGAUUUCAUAAAACGUUUCAUACCGUAAAUUUGUGUAAAUUUGUACUUCUCAUCGAAAUUCGGAAGUUCGAAACUCUUUAAGUUAAAACUGGCAAUAGGCCAAGUUACCAACAGUCAGUAAGUACAGCAAAAUUUGAAUUUUGGAUUCUUCGUCACUUCAUGGAAUAACUUUGGUUCUCCGUUUCCCUUUGACAGAUAGGCUGUUUGUUUACGUAUUCGCUGGGCUGUUUUUAUUAUGGAGGCAAAGUCCAUGAACUACGGUAUGCCAAGUAUGCGUACAAUGUUCCACUAACUACGGAGGUCUGCGUGAACCGAGCUGGGAUCCGUUGACAUUGUUCAUCUUUGUGGAAUACCAACCGUGGCCCGCCGUGAAACGGAAUUUCGAAUAAUUAUUCUAAUAAUUCCAAUUUCGGGCCAAGAUGUCAAUUCUCCUGGAGGGCUACUUGUACAAGAACAGGAAAUUUAACACUUCGGACUGGAAAAAGCGUUGGGUUGUGCUGCGGGAACAAAAUAGUAGUCCCGGGCGUUAUGUUCUGGAAUACUACCAUAAUGAGAACAAGAAGAAAUUAUCCAAAAGGAUUGAUUUGCAAAAGUGCGAAGAGGUGCGGAGAACCCUUCACCGUAUCAACUUGACGAACAGUUAUCAAUAUAUGUUCGAAGUCAGAACCAUCCAUGAUCAUUAUUAUCUUGUGGCGUCUUCUGAAGCCGAAGUGAUUCGAUGGGUCAAAACAAUCUGCGAGGUUUGCAAACUAUGUGCGGAUACAGAGGAAGACCAGACAGGAGUAAUUGACCCCCGUAGCCAGCGAUCUGCUGUUGGUGCAUUUUCUGGCUCUACUGCACAAUCGGAAAAUGCCAGGCGUAACGCAUCCCUUCCGGCUGAUCCAUCUGACGAUAGGAUGGGAUCUUUGCGAACUGCUGCCCUGAAAAAUGGACUGACAGUCCCUUCAUCUUCUGGUGCCGAAGACAGUCCGUAUGUAUUGUUGAAGAACUGCUUCGUCAAAUCUCGACCUUUCUCGCAGAACGGAGAAAAUGUUCCUAACAGUGAUCGGAUUAUCAAACGCCAACCCAGCAUUCCAGAGGAAACCGCACCUCCACCCCCGCUUACUGUGGAAAUGGAGGAGGAGGAGGACGACUUUUACAAAAAGCCUCCUCGCAUCAUAGUGUAUGAUAAAUCCAGGCGGAAUCUUCCAUUAACUCAGCGAAGCAUGAGCAGUGAAAUGGUGAGCCCCACAAUCGCAAAGACGUACGAUGUCGCUCCUUCCCGUUCAGAAAACGUUAAGCCAGCUGUUGUUUCGGCGAGAAUCGUUGCAACAUCUUCGGCUGUGUAUGAGGAUGCUUAUGACCACGUUCCCAAUCUCAACGCUCCACGACCUUCAGAAGGCGCAACGACCUAUAGCAUCGCAUCGCGGUCAGCGAAAGUUACCCGGAAAAAUUCUCUGCCGUCCGAAACUGUUGUGGUCGAACCAGCCACAUAUGAUCAAUUACCGAGAAUGAAAACCACUCAAAUCUCCAACACUUUACCGCAUCGACAUCGCGCUAUGGACGUUGUAGACUAUCCUAGCCAUACAGAUAGCAAUACGUAUGAUCGUCCUCCUGUGCGAUCCAGACUGAAUGAAACCAGUGCUGCAGAAAGAAGUCCGGUAGCGAUAAGCUCGCUAUCGUUGUAUGACCAGGUUCCCAAUGCGCCAAAAACUCGUACGCGCAAUAUUGCUCGGGAAGAACAUGGUGAUCGCUCAGGAGUUCGCAACAAUUUUAUUUCCGAUCGUUCUGUCAGUUUGGGCGGCCAUGCUGCAUUAUACGCCGCUGAUACGAUUCCCAGAUCCGCUGGAGCGAAGUACAGCGGAUCCCAUGAUACCAUUACUCCUGCCUCUUUUACAGCCAUGAGAGGAAGCGAUCCCCCUCAGCGUCGGAACACUGCGGCGGCAUUAGCAGUAUCUGGCAGUCCGAAAGCCCUUGGAGGGGAAUAUAUCGACGUCCAUUUUUCAGACAGCGCUGAUACUCCUUCGAGGCCUGUUUCGAGUUAUCGCAGCAAGACUCUGCCUAGACCACCUUCUAGACAGCCUGCCAGAAUUCCACUGGAGACGAUUCCGGAUGGCAGUGCAGCGGGUAUUGAGUAUAAACCCAUCGAUGAGUUGAAGACAAGAGCUCUGCAGAUUACCAAGAAGGAAGUAGAAACCUUGAGCCGGGAUCGUCCAUAAGCUGCACGUGUGCUUGAUUAUAUAUUUACUGAUGCCAACAUGCCGAAUGUUGGAAUGGUCCUGCAUCUGUUGAUAUUCCAUAUUUUUUUAAUAGUUACUGGCAAUGUGCAAAUCGUUCUGCUGAUUUUUACAGAUUUUUAUAUGAAAUGCAAAAUAUUACGUUUGAUUAGUUAAGAGUUGCCUGCGUUCGCUUACUGAUCCCCGUUUUGCACUGCUUGUCGUUUGUCCUUUUUAAUUUUUUAUAUGUUGCAGUUUAUCGACGGUGUAUUUUUGGAGUAUUGUAGCAUCAGUCUAUUAUCAGCAUGAGUGUAGAUAAUGAUAUUAAUUUCGGUGUUCGAAGGGAAAUGCAGGAAUUGUGGUUUCUUUGUAGUGCUAGUUUGUAACACUGAACAGUUUGCGUGCAAUAAACAUCAUUAACACUG